CCACAGGGCGAGGUUGAAAAGAUUUUUGAUAAACUCAAGAAGUGUCUCGAUGACAAGCAGGUACUCAAGGACCACGUCUACCGAUAUUUUGCCAUAAGCAACUUGGCUGAAGACGAUGAGGAGUUUGCUGAAAUAAAAAGAGCGAUCGAAGAUUUGUGUGGUUAUAGCAGCGACAGUGAGGCUACCGUUCAACAUCUUCCAGUGAGUUGGAUUAAACUGGAAAUGAAUUUGGCAAAGAAGAGUGAAGAAACACCCAUCAUAACUAUUGAAAAAUUGAUGGAAAUGGCGCAAAGGGUAGGACUCCCUGAUGGAGAAUUACAAGAAAAAUUCAUUCCUUACCAUCACCGUCAAGGCGACAUCCUACACUUUAAAAUUGACGGACUGGAAAAUGUCGUCAUAAUAGAUCCACUUUGGUUAGCAGUUGUGUUUUCUGCCAUCAUGACCCCGGCCAGCAUUCACUCUGGAUGCAGUCGCGGCCAUUUCCUGAAAGAUGAGCUUGAAAGAGGAGUCCUAAAAGAGGAGGUAUUUGAUGAGUAUCUAAAAGAAUUCAAGAUGGCCGAAAAAAAGACUGAAAUCAUUCGACUUAUGCUGCAUUUCGACUUGAUGUUAGAAAUAUCCCAAUCAGUUGAAAACCCUCUGCCUGGACAUGGAAAAAGAAGAUUCGUCGUACCCAGUAUGCUAGUAUCAAAUAACAGUGCGAAUGAGACAAAUCCGCAGAAAUAUUUGCUUAUCGCAUUCCCUCAUAUUCUGUUUCCUGCUGGGUUGUUUCAUCGUCUUACCGUCCGUCUUCUAAGGAAGUAUAAAGCUCAGCAAUAUAAAAAUAACAUCCCAGUUGUCGGUUUUGACAGCGCCUCCUUCCGCCUGGCUGAUAAAAAGUCGGUGCUGCAUCUCGCCAUUGAAAAUAAGGCCAUGAAGUUGUUUAUAACUAACGCCACUGGACUCCCUCCAAAGACUCAUGUGUACUCAGAAGCAACAAAAACAGUUGAAAACGAGUUGACAGUCCUUCGGGAUACAUACUGCCCCAGGAUGCAUUUUGGCUACAGCAUCAGGUUAAAAAAUGACGGACCCAAUAUUCCAAUAAAUGCGCAUGACGUCCAAACGGGCGAUUCCAUAUGUGUGUAUGUAGAGAACUCUGACGUGUUGGUAGAUUUGAGGCCAUAUCGCGUUUGGUUUUCCGCAGCCCCAGAGAAUCAAGACCGUCGUGCAGCCAAGUGUCCUGAAAACGAGUACAAGAACAAUUCCGAACCGAGAGGUCGUGCACUCAUUAUCAACAACAAGACAUUUUCCGUGGACUGGCUUCCAGAACGUGAUGGUACCGAGGUAGAUGUUGUUGCCUUGAGGAAACUAUUCCGUUACCUCCAUUAUGAGACAGACGUUAUCAGUAACCUGACUGCAAAUGAAAUGAAGAAAGAAAUAGAACAAGAAAGUCAAAGAGACAAUCACAAGAUCUACGAUUCUUUCAUCUUGUUUCUACUGAGCCAUGGUACCGAGGGUGCUGUUUAUGGAACGGAUGGCUAUCCUUUACCCUUCAAAUAUAUCAAAGCCAUUUUGAAUAACAGGAAAUGUCUUGGCCUGUCUGGCAAACCGAAAAUGAUAUUUAUUCAGGCUUGCCAGGGAAAUAAAUUGGACAGUGGGACACUGCUGGACGGACAAACAGUUCAACAACCACAGCAAGCACCACCUGCAGCAAACCUUGGCGAUGAGGUACCCGAUGCGCCACACGAGAUUCCAAAGCCAUCCAAUGAUCCGACUAUGUCCGAUUUUCUCGAGGUCCAUGCGACGUCACCAGAUUACGUAUCUUGGCGACACCCGGGAAAGGGAACAUGGUUUGUUCAAUCCAUUGUCGAUACAUUUUAUCGUGAAGCACACAAAUAUGACGUUUUACAAAUGUUGGUGAAUGUCAAUCACGCGAUCUCUCAAAAGCAAACAACAAUGGGCAAUAAACAGGCACCAGAGAUAGUUACCAGCUUACGCAAGAAAGUUUUCUUCAACAUAACUCCAGGUAAGCAAAAAGAAUCACAUCUUCCCGAGGUGUAUUCGGCCGAAUAA